AUGGUUGCAUGGAGGAUGAAGUCCCUGAUCGCGCUCCUGGCCCUCUCCCUCCCGGCCAUCGUGUUGUCCACAUCCUGCGACCCCAGCACCCUCAACAGCACGACAUACCUCUACCCUAUAACCACGCCCAAUACGACCGUCUUCGACGUCGCCAAAGCCACAAACCGCGGCGUUUGCGACAUUGGCCGGCAGAACCUCAUGGCGGACGUCACCAUCGUCCCCAACGUCGGCCAAACACUUCUCAUCCCGCCAGAAACCUGCGAACCCGACAACGAGACCUGCCUCCUCCCAAACACAACUAGAACACGAGCCUGCAUCAACGGCGGACCAAGGAACUACUACACCGUCAACGGCGACACGUACGACAUCAUCGCGCGAAGACUCAACAUCACAACCGAGUCCAUGACGGCGCUUGCAUUCGGCGAUGUACCUGCUGGUCCAAACGACGAGCUAGCCCCCGGGCAAUUCAUCAAAGUCCCGCUUUGCGAGCCCAGCCAUUGCGUAAUUCAACCAUACCGAUUUACUUGGGGCGUCUACAAGGAUCUGGCGGAGGAGUUUGGGACAACGGUCGGGCAGCUUAUGAUGCUGAGUCCGACGUAUAACUAUAGCAGCAAGGCGUUUCUGCCAGGGGGGGAGUUUCCGUCCAUGACGAUUUUAGUCAAUUGUACGGAGGGAGUCGGGAAUGAGACUGUUUUGACUUAG